AUAGAUAGGCUUGGAGCCACUGGCCCAGCUUAGCUUUACAUUAACUAUCUCGCAAUCACCGUCCAAAAUAGUUCCGAACUUUGAGUAAUUUGACGACUCUCACCAUCGAUUCUUUCAUCCCGGGGCUCUCGGACUUUACGUUCGUAAAAUACAUCUCCUAUCAGGAGGCUACUGCUUCAACACCUCCGUUCUACUCAAAUUUACAGUUAAUCGCAAAUCUCUCCUUGGAAGUACUUCCUUCAAUUUUUCUGAAGUGAAGCUUGCGACCUCAGCCAUGUCGACAGCGUCUGACGAUGCGGCGGAAAAGGCAGCAGGAUCCAAUGUGGAAGACGGGUCCCUCUCUCUUGCUUCUCACCAUUUUGGCAACGAAACGGAAAUGCCCAAGAUUGAGGAAGGCCAACUCCGCCGCGCUCAGUCCAUUUCUGAAGCAGUCGAAAACAAUGAUGACAAGCUCUGUAACGCCCCUUGGUUUCUUAAGUUUAUCGAGUACCCUUUCCAUGUAAAGGAUCCAACUCGGGACGUCUACUUACCUGAAGCGGCCGGCUGGGCGAUGGAUUCUGCGGGUCGGGGCCCGCUCAAUCAAGUCGGAUCUUACGUUGGACAGGCGAUUCUUCGUUUGGCUACUCAAGAUGCCGGCUGCUUGAACCCGCGAACUUGUACGAAUACUGUAUAUGGUUUGAAGCCAAGUUCUCUCCUUACCGCAACUACUUCUAUCGUUGGAGUAGUGGCUGCUUUUCUGAUGCCCAUCGUCGGGGCAGUGGUCGAUCACACCACGCAUCGACGCUUACUCGGGCUCGUUUCUGGAAUGGCGGCCGUCGUUCUCGCUGGCAUUCAGAUAAGUGUGAACGCGAACAACUGGUUCUUCAUCCUCUGUGUAGACGGAGCGUUGUCUUUCUCGCUACUUGUACACACAACGGCAGUAUUUGCCUAUUUGCCCGACUUGAGUUUGGACGAAAAUGUUCUCUCCCACUACACUUCACAUUUCAACAUUCGGCAAUACUCGGUUCAGGUUGUCUAUCUAGGCUUAGUCAUUAUUACAGGAGAAGUCCGCAAUUUACCCUCUCAAGCAAUUGCCACUUCGGUGCAAACUGCGAAAGACGCAGCGGGCAUCAGCUUUGGCGUUGCCGCUCUUUUUAUUGGAUACGCUUGGAUCUUUCUAUUCCGCCCUCGGCCAGCCUUGUCCAAAGUUCCCGAAGGACAAACAUUGCUGACCACCGGUUUCGUACAAGUUCAUCGAACUGGCAAGAAAAUUUGGAAGGAUUAUUGGGCGUUGAAGUGGUUCAUGUUCAGUUUACUGUGGUCUCCCGAAGCUGGUGCAGGUGUCAUCCAAUCGAUUGCCGUCACAUUCUUGACUGUGGUGAUGAAGUUUACCGGUCUGGAUUUGGCCAAGGCCAUGCUGGUUCUGAUGGUUGGAAACAUUUGCGGCUCUUUAUUUUCAAAAUGGGUGUGUCAAAAGAUUAAUCCGCUCAAUUCGUAUCGUUGCGGUCUCAUGUCAUUGGCUGUUUCGAUUUUCGUGUCGGCGUGGACAUUAAAUGGACCAGAAAGGCGCGCAGCCGUUUUUGGUUUUACGUUUUUUUGGGGGGUCUCUAUGGGAUGGGUUAACCCGUCGCAACGUGUGCUGUUAUGCACACUUAUACCGAAAGGUCAAGAGACCGAAAUGAUGGGGCUAUUCGUUUUCACUGGCCAGAUUCUAGGCUGGCUACCACCUCUCAUUUUCACUCUAAUGAACGAGAAUGGCGCCGACAUACGCUGGGGAUUCGGGCUGGUCACUUUCUUUUGUGGUUUUGCGGCAAUCUGCACACUCCCAAUGGGCAAUUAUUACGAGGCUGUUGCAUGGGCCGCUCGCCAGUCGGAAGAGAAGCUGGGAGAAGUUCUCGUAAAUGCUCAAUCUCGGAGUGAAAAGCUGCAUGAAAGUGCACAAUCGAUUGGGAGCCAAGAUUGUGCAACAGAGAAAAUUGAAAAAUAGACUUGCUAGGCAACUAAUCUUAGCAGCAGUAUAUUUUGCUC